UGAAUUUUGCAUUUCUUUCGAAAAAUAUAAAGCAAAUAAAACGCAGCUUAAUAUGGCCAAUCGUUAUGCGAGACGUUUAUCUUUUAUAGCUGAAUGGUAUCAAGAGGAAGCCGCAAUUAUCAGAACCUUCACUAUAUGUUAUUACGUUGCCGAUAAUGCAUUGGAAGUGUUCGAUCAACGCACUAAGAAAACCUUUUUAAGACGUACAAAAAUGCCCGAAUUAUCGGAACGUGAUUUCUUUGUUGGCUCGAAAAUUAAUAUAUUUGGCCGUCAGUUUGAUAUAGUGGAUUACGGCGAUGAAAUAACUAAAAAUACUUUAGCUAAAUUUCGUAAAAAGACAUUUAUUUUAUUAAAGAAUAGCAUUUUGCCGCACUUGGGCACAGUUCUUCGCGCUUUGAUUGAAAGUAAUUUCAGCAUUAGUAAAGCUAGAAUGGUUCAAUUCACGGCCGAGCAAGUCAAAGAUUUCUUAGCAGAGAAGAGCAAAGGCGACGUUCAAACUUCUGUGCUGAUGAAUCAAUUAUUAUCAGGACCUUCUAUAGGCUUUGAAUUAAUUGCGGAUAAUGCUGUAGAAAAAAUCAAAUAUUGCCAAGGUCAAUCUAAAGAGUGCAUGAAUGAAGAUAUGCCAUCAGCUCUAAGAGGUUUAUUCGAACGUGAAGAUGUACGUAAUGGCAUUUAUUGUUCGCAAACCGAUGAGGAUGCAUUAAGGGAUUGCAAUUUCUUUUUCGAUGGCAAGAGUAGUCUACAAAUAACGGUUAAAUUGAAAAAUAGUACUUUGGCUGUUAUUAAACCUCAUGCCAUAAAGGAAGGUAAUCUUGGUAAAAUUAUAUCGGAAAUUACUUCAAAUGGCUUUAAGAUAACUGCUUUGCGUAUUCAUUUACUGGAACGAGUUAAUUGUGAAGAAUUUUAUGAAGUAUACCGUGGCAUUGUACCCGAAUAUAUCCCUAUGGUCGCUCAGUUAGCCAGCGGUGUUUGCAUGGCUUUGGAGAUUAUGUGUGCGGAUCCGAAUAAAAAUAGCUAUGAAGAGUUUCGUAAUUUUUGCGGGCCCACCGAUCCGGAAAUUGCUAAACUCUUAAGACCACAUACCUUAAGGGCUAAAUAUGGUUCUAGUAAAACCUUAAAUGCUGUGCAUUGCACAGAUUUGCCGGAUGAUACCGUAUUGGAGUUGCAAUAUUUAUUCAAAAUUUUAGAUUAA